AUGGAGGACACUAGCAUGACUGCAGAACGUCGCCGGCUGUUGGACAAGCACUUGGAUACAUGGACACGAAGUUUGCAACUAGAUGACGUGAUGGUUUUCCUUCUUGCCAACAGUGUCUUCAACGAACAUAUCGUUGAUAUCAUCAAGAGCGAGUCCACUCCGACUAUGCAACGAUAUCAAUUCAUACGUCAACUAAAGAUGCGUGGGAAUACAGCUUUUUCUUUAUUUUAUCAGUCAUUAUUAAAGACGAAUCAAAGAUAUUUGGCCAAUUUGAUGGAGAGUGGAUUAAGCAGUGAGGAUAAGGACAAAUUUGGGCAAGAGGCUGGAUAUAGGUCAGUUUUAAACAGUAAUCCAACCACUGGUGAAAAUUACAAAAGUACUAUUUGUCACAGCCCAACGGCUGCAGCAAUUCAAAGGAACUGUUCGUACUACAGAUCAUAUGAAUUUGUAAAAAUGCGUGAGCCUGCUGGUAUACUCCAUAACCUGGUAGUGGAUUUCGUUGAUACUCCUGCAGCUCUCUCUUCUUUUGAUGCUGAUUUGAUGUAUCCAAAUUUCUCAUCACCCCGUGGAAUGGCAUUAAUUAUCAACAACCGUUAUUUCCUUGAUAUGCCGGAAAGAAUCGGCACCGACGUUGACGAAAUUAACUUGAAUAAUCUUUUCUGGCAGCUUAAUUAUAUAGUUUCGGUUUGCCGAAAUUUGUGUGCAAAGGAGAUGCUUAUUGCUAUUCGAGAUUUCUCCAAACUCGCGGAGCAUAAACAUUUGGAUUCUUGUAUCGUCUGCGUAUUGACACAUGGUGAACAUGGUGAAUUGUACGGGACAGAUGAUGUCGCUAUAUCGGUGUUAGAAUUUGUUUCAUGUCUAAAUGCACGAAACUGUCCGGCUCUGGCCCAUAAACCAAAACUUUUCUUCCUUCAGGCUUGCAGAGGACAGCAAUAUGAUCGUGGAUUUGAUGCAGUGUUUGAUGGACCAGAUGGAUAUUUUGAUCGUUGGUUUACUCGUACCACUCCUCAACCUAAUAACAGUUUGCCAGUGGAGCAGAAGACAAAAUCACCGAUAGAAGCGGAUAUAUUAGUGUCUUAUGCUACUACUCCAGGCUAUGUUUCGUGGCGCAAUUCCAUGAAAGGCAGUUGGUUCGUACAGAGCAUUUGUGAAGUGUUUGCUAAGUAUGCAAAAUCUACCGAUAUUUUGUCGAUGUUGACAUUGGUAAAUAAGCAGGUAGCCGAUGCCUUCGAAAGUUCCAGCGGUUCUUUCAAGCAAAUCCCAGACCAUUCUUCUAGGCUGCGCAAAGCUUUCUACUUCUUCCCAGGAACAACUAAAUCGUCUUAG